AUGCAUGAACGUUUUCUCUCCAUCUCUCUUCUAUCUCCCUACUUCUCUCUACCAUUCUUCGUUGCUCUCUUUCCCUUUUCUUCACUUUCUUUUAAUUUCUCAUCCCCCUUAUUUAUCCUUCUUCAUUUAACUCUCCUUCUUUCUUUUCACCUCUUUUCUCUCUCAACCUUUGUCUUUCUCUACCCACUCUCUCCGUAUUUAUCCUUUUCUUUCCCUUCCUUAACUUUUCUUUUUUCCUCCUCCUCUCGAUUUCUUUUUUUUUUAUUUCUCAUGUUACAUCUUUUCAUUUCUCUCUCUCUCUCUCUCUCUCUCUCUCUCUCUCUCUCUCGCUUUUACGCAUACUCACAAAUACAUACGAUGUCGUUUCUUAUUUCCCCCAUCUCUCUCUCUUCCUGCCAUCACUUUCAUUCUUCCCUCUUCCUUCUUUCUCUCUUUUUCUAUCUCUUCUCCCUUUCUCUUUACUGUGCUUUCUCUUUACACUCACUUCCCUCUUUUUCUUUUCUCUUCUUUCUUCUCUUUAAUUUCACUAUCUUCUUCAUCUCUUUCUUCUCUUCCUUCUCUCUAUUUCCAUCUUUUUUAAUUCUAUAUCUCUCUCUUUCUAUCUAUACAUCUCCUAGUUACUCUUAUUUCUCUCUCCUUCUUAUUCCACAUCACCAUUUGCUUUAUUAUCCCUUCUUCUUUUCUUCCUCUUUAACUCUAUCUCAAUUAUCUUACCGCUCUCCUUCAUUUAUCUCUAUCCUCUUUAACUCUCUGCAUCAAUUUUUCUUUAUGUCUCCCUUUCGCUCUGGCACCCCAAUGUCGUCCACUAUGCUUAUCUCUGAACCGCACCCUUAUCUUCAUCUUCGUUCGAUGAAUUUCCCUUGCCAUCCCACCCAAAGCACAACUGAAAUCCAUGCUGUACUCCAUCCUAUCCGCCCCCACUUGGGCCCGGGAGCAAAAGACGCCCAACAAGUUCUCACGUUCGCUUUUCCGAUCCGAAACGCGCUCGGGACCCUUCCAUUCUGCUUUCAUCGAUCUCUUAUCAAUAAUUCAUGUCCAGCCCGCCUUGAUUCGUAG